UUAUUCCACUUGUACUAUUUCCCGUAGGGAUUUAUUUAUUUAAGCAGCCGGGUCUGUAGUAACGACAUUCAAUGUAACUUGACAUUAGGAAUCAGAGAGUUGAGCAACUGUUUGAGGAUGUUCCGAGUGCGUGUGCGCAACAUAGCCCAUCCCGGUAUCCGGCAGUUCAUCCUGCGGACUGCCGUUCUCAACUACUUGGGCAAGUUGUUGCAGCUACAGUGGGACGACUGGCAGAACCAGCGCAUGCAUUUGCGUACGUUGCAGCACGAGGGGCCUAAGGCAACGGACUCGCCUGCGUUGGAUGAGUCCACUGCCGAAGCUGUUUUUGAUGCUGCCCGCGAAAAUUUGGCCCAAGCAAUCGACGAGCUGCGCAGAAAGGUCGCCGGUACACACAAGCUGCUACAGCGUGAAUACAAUGAACUUUUCACAUACAUGAUGGACAAACGUGACCUCUGGGACAGUCCCGAGUACUUCAAAGCCAAAACUGCCCUAGGCACAGCCAAUCACAAUCUGAGAAUGUAUAUGAGCGCAGAGAAAUGAACAGAAAAACAGUUGCCAACAAACACAGUUCCGUUUCAAUGAAUAAAUUUUUAGCAACAAUAACUAGAA